UAAGUCCGACGUGCGAUCGGCUAAAUUUGACGCCGCGUGUUAGGAAGUUUUGCGCGGCGUGUUGGUUACUGACAUGCCUCAGACAGGAAGUGAUGAUUAUUCACUUCAGGCCUCGAGACGGUCGCUCCACUGAUCUGCGGAUAUCAAUCCUUCACAUUUUCAAGCCAGUGUUUCUCAACCUUUUUUUGAGACAGGGCACGUUUUUUUCCUUGAUAAAUACCACCAGCAGAAAUCAUUAAAGGGGAACAUUAUCACAAUUUCAGAAGGGUUAAAACCAAUAAAAAUCAGUUCCCAGUGGCUUAUUUUAUUUUUCAAAGUUUUUUUCAAAAUUUUACCCAUCAUGGAAUAUCCCUAAAAAAGGCUUUAAAGUGCCUGAUUUUUGCUAUCUGUAAACCCACCGUCCAUUUUCCUGUGACGUCACAUAGUGACGCCAAUACAAACAAACAUGGCGGAUAGAACAGAAAGAUAUAACGACAUUAGCUCGGACUCAGACUCGGAUUUCAGCGGCUUAAGCGAUUCAACAGAUUACGCAUGUAUUGAAACAGAUGGUUGGAGUACGGAGGCAGAUAGCGAAAACGAAAUUGAAGAAGAAACUGAAGCUACUGAGCCAUAUCACGACGGACAAAGGCAACGUGGACGAACUCGGCGAUCGCCUCCUAACCAACGAUCGCACCUUUUGACCACUGGAGCAACUUGAAUCCGUCGAUUGAAGAGGCGGGGCCAGCCCAAGCAGGAAGUGAUACAGCAGGACUCCCCAACGCAACCACCUCAGCGCAGAGAGCGCCACCUGGCGCUGCAGAGCCGCCACGGCAGCCGCCUACUGCCGCCAUGCACCCAGGAGAAAUAGCACGCUGUGCUUCGCGACUUGAGAAACUGCACGCCGGCCGAAGCUACGGCGACAUCUUGGCUCUGGUCGGCGACCUGGACAAGAGUGACGUCACCGCGGAGCACCUGGAGGACAUCGCCGACGUUCUCUACAAGCUCCUCAAAGGAUGCUCUGAUGGAGGCGUGAGGAGGGCGGCGAGGGCCCUGCUGUCCAAGUGGAGGAGGCAGCACAGGAAGGACCUGACAGGCGUGAGGUGUUCAGGCGACCCUGAAGGUGCUGAAGGUUUGGACGGAGGAGGUUCCCGCUUGUGUCACUCCAGUGCCUCGUCGUCCCCGGCUGGCGUGGACGGCUCCUCUGUGAGGUCCAAAUGUGUCCAACUCCUGGUGUCCGCCCUCAGCCCUGAACCAGGUGAUCCGGGCAAAACCACGGAGUUGGCGGCAGAGGUGGAGCUGCACAUCCACCGCCUCCACGUGCCCAACCAGGUCAAGUACAAAGCCUGCGUGAGGAGCAAAGUCGCCAACUUGAGGAACCCUAAAAACGGCCACCUUCGCCACGGCCUCUUGGGCGGCCGCCUGCCUCCCGAGGCUUUCGCCCGCAUGUCGGCCGAGGAGAUGGCCUGCGACGAGCUGCGGCGGAUGAGGAAGGAGUUCUCGUCCCGCGGCGUGAGCGAACGGCAGCUGCCGCUCGGGCCGGAGGGGACGGAGACGCGGAAGAUCCGCUGCGAGCGGUGCGGCGGCUCGAACUGCAGGGUGACGCAGGUGAGCCGGGGGGCGCUCUUCCUGCCGGCGUGGGUGCGGCGGGGGGGGCCUGAUGAUGACUCGAUGACCUUUGUUACAUGCAGUGGGUGUGGGCAGCAGUGGUACCACAGCAGCUGGGUCUGCCUCUGAUGGUCUUCAGCAUUUGCUAGUGCAGGGGUCACCAACGCGGUGCCCGUAAGGACCAGAUGAGUCGCCCGCUGUCCUGUUCUAAAAAUAGCUCAAAUAGCAGCACUUACCAGUGAGCUGCCUCUAUUUUUUGAAUUUUAUUAAUUUACUAGCAAGCUGGUCUCGCUUUGCUCGACAUUUUUAAUUCUAAGAGAAACAAAACUCAAAUAGAAUUUGAAAAUCCAAGAAAGUAUUUUAAAGACUUUGUCUUCACUUGUUUAAAUACAUUUAUUUAUAUUUUUACUUUGCUUCUUAUAACUUUCAGAAAGACAAUUUUAGAGAAAAAAUACAACCUUAAAAAUCAUUUCAGGAUUUUUAAACACAUGUACCUUUUAAAUUCCUUCCUCUUCUUUACUGACAAUUUAAAUCAAUGUUCAAGUAAAUGUAUUUUUUUUUAUUGUAAAGAAUAAUAAAUUAAUUUUAAUUUACUUCUUCAUUUUAGCUUCUGUAUUUUCGACGAAUAAUAUUUGUGAAAUCUUUCUUCAAACUUAUUAUGAUUAAAAUUCCCCAAAAAUAUUCUGGCAAAUCUAGAAAAUCUGCAGAAUCAAAUUUAGAUCUUAUUUCAAUCUUUUGAAUUUCUUUUAAAAAUUUUGUUCUGGAAAAUCUAGAAGAAAUAAUGAUUUGUCUUUGUUAGAACUAUAGCUUGGUCCAAUUUGUUCUAUAUUCUAACAAAGUGCAGAUUGGAUUUUAACCUAUUUAAAACAUGUCAUCAAAAUUCUAAAAUUAAUCUUAAUCAGGAAAAAUGACUAAUGAUGUUCAAUAAAUUCUUUUUUUAAUUUUUUCAAAAAUAUUCAAUUCAGCUAGUUUUUCUAUUCUUUUUUUCGGUUGAAUUUUGAAUUUUAAAGAGUCGAAAUUGAAGAUAAACUAUGUUUCAAAAUGUUAUUCUUAUUUUGUCCCUGUUUUCUCCUCUUUUAAACCGUUCAAUUAAGUGUUUUUUUCCUCAUUUAUUCUCUACAAAAAACCUUCCGUAAAAGGAAAAAAAAUAUAUAUUUAAAAAACAAACAAACAAAAAAAACAUAUAUAUAUAUAUAUAUAUACAUAUAUAUAUUUAUCAAAGGUAAACUGAGUAAAUUGGCUAUUUCUGGCAAUUUUAUUUAAGUGUGUAUCAAACUGGUAGCCCUUCACAUUAAUCAGUACCCAAGAAGUAGCUCUUGGUUUCAAAAAGGUUGGUGACCCCUGUGCUAAUGGAAUAAAACUUUGGGGAGACUAUGUCUCCCCGGCUGGCCUGGGAACGCCUCGGGAUCCCCCAGGGAGGAGCUGGACGUUGUGGUUUUGGAGACGGAAGUCCGGGCUUCUCUGCUUAGGCUGCUGCCCCCGCGACCCGACUUUGGAUAAGCGGAAGAAGAUCGAUGGAAUAAAACUUUACUAUGUCAUAAUAAUCUUUCAAAUCCAGGUGGCAUGUGGUCCUCCAGUCGGCGUGGUACACACACACAGUUUCCCUUAAGGCAGGGGUCUCAAUCUCAAUUCACCUGGUGGCCACUGGAUGCAGAGUCUGGGUGAGGCUGGGCCGCGAGGGAAGAUAUCCAAAAAUAAAUGUUGCAUACUCCUCA